GGGGCCGGCUCCCAAAUCCCGAUGUUUAGCGCCUGCGGCAUGUGGGGCUUCGGCUCGGUGUUCUCCGGGCGGCUGGCCCGGAGACUGGCGUUCAGGGUGGAGAAGUCGGGGGCUGGCGGCAUGGAGGACCAGGACCAGCCCCAGCGCAACCCCACGGAGGUGCAGAUGAGCCAGAUGGUACUGCCCAGUCACACCAACCACCGCGGGGAGCUGAGCAUCGGCCAGCUGCUCAAGUGGGUCGACACCACGGCCUGCCUCUCUGCAGAGAGGCAUGCCGGCUGCCCGUGUGUCACAGCCUCAGUGGAUGACAUCUACUUUGAGCAUACGAUCAGCGCCGGUCAAGUGGUCAACAUCAAAGCCAAGGUGAACCGAGCCUUCAACUCUAGCAUGGAGGUGGGGGUCCAGGUGACUUCGGAAGACCUAUGCACGGAGAAACAGUGGAACGUGUGCAAAGCUUUGGCCACCUUUGUUGCUCAGGGUUCCACCAAAAAGGUGAAACUGAGGCAGACAACCCCGUACACGGAGGAGGAGAAGACGGAGUACAGCAUCGCGGCGGAAAGGAGGCGCCUGAGGCUCGUCUACGCCGACACCAUUAAAGACCUGCUCCGCCACAGCGUCAUCCGUGAUGACCUGGAGGGCCGUGACUGCACCCGCAAAGUACCAGCGGAGAAGACGCGGGUGGAGAGCGUGGAGCUGGUGCUUCCCCCGUAUGCCAACCACCAGGGGAACACGUUUGGGGGCCAGAUCAUGGCCUGGAUGGAGAAUGUGGCCACCAUUGCUGCCAGGAUGACACGGAUCUGGGGCCCACGUAGCCGGCUGUGCCAAGCCCACCCCACUCUGAAGGCCAUCGAGAUGUUCCACUUCCGGGGUCCCUCCCAGGUCGGGGACCGGCUGGUGCUCAAAGCCAUCGUCAACAAUGCCUUCAAAAACAGCAUGGAAGUGGGGGUAUCGGUAGAGGCCUACCGGCAGGAGCAGGAAGCCCACCACAGACACAUCAACAGCGCCUUCAUGACUUUCGUGGUCCUGGACCAGAACGGACAGCCCCAGACUCUGCCCUGGAUCCAGCCCCAAUCUGGGGAUGGCGAGAGGCGGUAUCGGGAAGCCAGCGCCAGGAAGAAAAUCCGGCUGGACCGGAAGUAUAUCGUCUCCUGCAAACAGGCUGAAGUGCCUCUGUCUGUACCCUGGGACCCCAGUAACCAGGUGUACCUGAGCUACAACAAUGUCUCUGCCCUCAAGAUGCUCAUGGCGAAAAGCAACUGGACCCUUGCCUCUGAGCUCAACAAGGUCAAACUGUUUACCCUAGAGGAUGACCACUUCCUGUCCUUCCACAUCGAGAUGACCGUAGCCACCUCCACCCCCCAGGCCUUCCUGCUGCUGUCGGAUCUGUGCCGCCGCCACCAGUGGGACCGGCACUACAUGAGUGCAGAGCUGGUGCAGCAGGUGGAUGAGGACGAUGCCAUCUACCACGUGAUCAGCCCCGCCCUCGGCAGUGACAACAGCAAGCCCAAGGACUUUGUUAUCCUGGCCUCCCGCAGAGAGCCCUGCGACCAGGGGGACCCGUACGUCAUAGCUCUGCGAUCGGUCACCCUUCCCACACACCCCCCAGUCCCCGAGUUCAGUCGGGGAGAGACUUUGUGUUCGGGCUUCUGCCUCUGGAGUGCGGGGGAGCAGCUCACUAAGGUUUCCUACUACAACCAGGCCACCACCGGCUUCCUCCCCUACGUGACGACCAACAUCGCGGGCCUGUCCUCCGAGUUCUACAGCACCUUCAAGGCCUGUGAGAGUUUCCUGCAGGACAACGCCUCCGCCGAACCGACCCUCCGCAAACACAGCCUCCUCCCUGACAGCUCUGGCCCCCAGGACUGAUGCCCCAUGGGAAGGGGGUUUGACACCCCCCCCGCCCCUCUCAAGUGGAGGCCCAGAACCUGCCGCCUCUUUUUUUCACUCUGUGGAGAGGCAGGGUCUUCAUGGGCCGGAGGAGUAUUAGCGGGGGGAAUCCCUCUUGCCAUGGACUGACCUAAAGGUGGAAAAUGGGUCUCAGAAGGACCCUCUUACCCCUGCCUGGGGGAGCCCACACCCUUCACUGUCACUGGUCCCACGUCCAGCACCAGGGAGCAGUAAAUAUUUCUCCCUUUUUCCCUCCCCUUACUCCCUCCAUCCACAGAGGCUGUGCAGGUGCUCCUGCAGCCCCUCCCUCAGCCCCCCCCCCA